AUGUCUUCCGAAACAACCCAGCAGGAAAGUCAGACAUCUCCACUAAAGCAAACUGGAUGGCCAAUGUUCUAUUGUCCCAGCUCACAAACUCACGAUGCCGAAGAAAUUGCAAGGAUCCGUAAAGAAUGCAAAAAGGAAAGUUUCUGGUACAGAGCUCUUCCUUUGUCUCUUGGGAGCAUGCUUGUCACCCAGGGGCUAGUCUCAAAAGGCAUUUUCUCAGCAAGCCCAAGAUUUGGUGCAUUACCUAAGAUGGCAAUUGCUGGUGUCUUAGGUUUUGCCAUUGGAAAGAUGUCGUACGUGGGAGAAUGCCAAAAAAAGUUCCAGAAAAUUGGUAUUGUACCAUCUUGUCCGCAACAAAAAAGGCAUUGUCAUCAUACUUGCAAAGAAUGUGAAGCAAAAUUAGGAUCAAAUGAGAAAGAAGGUUCAGUUCCUUCAGCAUCUUAGACCCAGACUUUUUCCGCAGCUCUUUCUCA